CAGGCAGUGAUCUUGGUAAACUGAUAAUACCAAAAUAAAAAAGCUAAACGAUUUUAUUGUUUAUUUAGCAUAUAUAAGUAGUGGUGCAUUUUAACAUAACCAUAUUAAAAUAGUUUAAGAAGGCAAAGACAAGUUAGCUGGCGUGCCUAAUAGCAAAUCGGCUGAAGCAGUGGAAGUAGCAGUGGAGCUAUCUAGCUGAUAGCUAACGCUAGCGAGCUGUCACUUGUUUUGUUACUCUGUUUACAUUUGAAACGCUUCGUCUAGGUUUAUGAACAUUUAGACGAAUCUGUUCAAAUAGUUGUUUAUGGGAUAAUCAUGUCAAUGAAGCAGGCCGGUGGAAAUCGCAAAGCCGGCGGGAGCAGCGGUGGGGCCGCUACGGCCUCAGGCGCAGGGGGAUGCGGAGGAGCUGCUGCUGCUGGACGCCACAGUUUGUCUAGGGGACACAAUGUUAAAGGAUCCUCCACUGCACAGGUGGUCUUUAGUGGAGUUUAUGCAAACAUGAGGAUGGUUCAUGUCUUGACCUCAGUGGUGGGAACCAAUUGUGAACUCAAAGUAAAAAAUGGAGUGAUCUAUGAAGGUGUCUUCAAAACAUAUGGUCCAGAGUGUGAUCUAGUCCUGGAUGCAGCCCACAGGAAAAGUCCUGAGCGAAACGCUGGCCCUCGACGUGAAGACAUUGUUGAGAGCAUUAUCUUUAAGACUUCAGAUGUCGUGAUGGUACAUUUUAAAGAUGUGGACCUCAACUAUGCCAAGAAAGUCUCAUCAGAACAAGAUAACUUGACAGACAAUUCAUUAAUUUCCCGUUUAAAUGGAGAACAUAAGGAAAAGGAUCUGGAGCCUUGGGAUGCAGGGGAUCAGCAUGGAAGCUUGGAAUCUCUUGACACUGACUUGUCAAAUGGCUGGGAUCCUGAUGACAUGUUCAAAUACAAUGAGGAAACAUAUGGUGUGAAGUCUACUUAUGAUAGCAGCCUGUCCACAUAUACGGUACCACUGGAACGAGAUAAUUCAGAAGAGUUUUUGAAGCGGGAAGCUCGUGCAGCUCAACUAGCUGAUGAGAUUGAGGCCAGCGCCUCCUACAAGGCUCGAGUAGCAUUAGAAAACGAUGAGCGCUCAGAGGAGGAAAAAUAUUCAUCUGUUGCAAGGGACAUGCACGCACUAAACCGGGAGAACAAGUACAUCCCCCCUGGUCAGAGGAACAGAGAAACAGGGAUGUCAUGGGGAUCGGGACGGCAGAACUCUUCCAGAGUUGUUCAGUGCAGUCCUGGACCUCCCACUGUCAGAGCUGCACCUCAUGACUACAACUCAAUUUCGGGUGUGGAGCAACGUAUCGUCAAUGGAGGUCCUCCAAGGAUGUCUCCUAAGACCCAACGAGCACCUAGGGCGCACAGAGUGUCAUCUAGCCGUGGCACUGGACCUCCUGGGGUGGAAUUCCUAUCCCAGGGUUCGUCAGGGGAGGCUUUAACUUCCUCUUCUUCCCGUAGCAGCUCCUCUGGGGGCACCUGGUCCUCAGUGGUCAGUGGAGGUCACAGACCUCAUUCUCCUCGACAAAACAAUAUUGGAGGAGUUUCUCCUGGCCCCAUUUCCUUGUCUUCCCCACAGGCUGGCGCAGUGCCAGUUGACUCUGUGGUCACAGCUGCAUCUCUGACUACAGCAAGUUCUGCAUCUAACCUGGCUGCAACACCUUCAGCAGAAGCAAAAGACCCCAGGAUACCAGAAAUGAGACAAAAUUCCCCUUUAGCGAACAAGGAGAAUGUGAAGCCUAUGGAAUCUUCCACAAGCAGUAGACCUGUUAGUAAAGGAGCUUCCAGCAUGCCUCCUGACCACAGAAAGCAGAUAGACAACUUAAAAAAAUUCAGUGUAGAUUUCCGGUUGCAGUCCACUUCGAAUCCUGAUCCAGUAUUUGAAACCAUGUCUUUCCGGGACUCUAAGGACAAACUAAAGGAAGAAAAUAACUUGCCUGAAUCGAGAGGACCCAAAGUUUGCUCAGAGCUCUCCAGCAGUGAAGAGUUGCCAGCUGCUAUAGAUGCCACCCCUGUUGGAAGUAAACCUGGUACUCCAUCUCCCUGUUCCUUAGCUCUAAGCUCUGAGCAAAAACGAGUGCCCGACAUGACGUCUCAGGGUGUCCAGACCUCCUCCCCCACUGCCACCAGUGCUGUGAAAACAGACAGAGAAGACAAAGAGGAAAAGAAAGACCAUGUACCAGAGAGUGUUAGAAAAUCAACUCUCAACCCUAAUGCCAAGGAGUUCAACCCCAGAGCUUUCUGCACUCAACCCAAACCAGCUACUACACCAACAUUGCCUCGACCACAGGGUCAGCCAAGUCCUUCAAUCGUGGUGCAGCAGCCGCCUGCCGUUUACGGCCAGCCAAUGUGCUUCCCGCAGAUGUACCCUUUGACUGGAGUGCAAAAAAGCAUUAUCUGGAAGCCUCCUGCUGUGUACCAGGUCCAGGUUCCUCACAUGACUGUGAGCCAGUCCAAACCCUACAGACCAGGUAAAGUACCAAACAUACCACAACAAAGAUCUGAUCAGCAUCAUCCUGCAGGCACAACCCCAAUGAUGCAUCCUGCUACUGCUGCAGGUCCUCCAAUUGUAGCCCCAAACCCAGCUUACUCCACUCAAUAUUUCACCUGCAACCCUCAGCAGUUCAGCAGCCAGCCUCUAGUGCAGCAGUUGCCCCACUAUCAGUCCCAGGCCCAGCAUGUGUUCAGUCAGGUUAUGCAAGGUAGUGCAAGAAUGAUCAGCCCACCCAGCCAUGGCCAACCCAACCUGGUCUCUUCCUCUACCACUCAGUACGGAGAGCAGACGCACACCAUGUAUGUCUCGGCCACCAUCCCGCAGCAGUAUCCACAUCACAGUGCAACACUCCAUCCACUCGCCCCUCAGCCACCACAGCCCUCUGCUACACCCACAGCUCAGGCGCAGCAUGGUGCACAGCAUGUGGGCAACAGCCACACUGCUGCCAGCCCCGUCCAGCACCCGCCUCACCAGGCAUCUCUCCACUUAACCAAUGCAGCUCCUCCACAGCAGCAGAUGUACUCGACUUUGACCCCGACCCCACCCUCCAUGACGCCUGGACCUGCCCCCCAGUCACCACAGGCUGUCUACAUCCAUCCACCACAGAUUCAGCACUCAUACAAUCCCAACCACAUGGCUCACAUGCAGCAGGCACAUAUGCAAUCCGGGAUGGUACCUUCCCAUCAUGGCACUCACCCUCCUAUGAUGUUGAUGGCCACACAGGCACCUGCACAGAACACACUCAAUCCAAUCCCGGUCUCUUCAAACACACACUUCUCCUAUAUGGCACACCCACAUGUACAACCACACCACCAGCAGCAGCUGUAGAAGAUGAAGAUCAGCCAAACACAGCUAACCACACAGAGAGAGAGAUGCUUCUCAACUGCUCUGGCACUGCCUAAGAGCUACUAGCCGGCCAGUCCUUUCUUCAGCUCAUUCUCUAAAUGCCCAAUGAAAUGGCCACUAAAUGGUCUGUCAUGCUGCACUUUUGCUACUCUUCACCAGUAAUUGAUGCUAAAAGAGCAAAGUUGCUGUGCACUGAUGGGUUCUUUUUGUUUAACUCUUUAGUUUUAACACAAGAGGGAUUGUUUUUAAGUUACCAUGCUUAAUACCAUGAGUGAGAAACAGAAACUAGAACUUGCAUUUUGCCUGCACCUUUAAAGUUAACAAACUCUUCCAGUUUAUUGACAGUAUUAACAUUACUGUUAAAUGCUGCUGCUGUUGCUGUGUUUAACAAAUUGAGGUGAAGGAAACGACUCUAAUGAAAGUAAAGAACCCAACUUCCAGUGACAAACAUUUGGCAAAAUCUAAAUUUAAGUAUUUAUUAAAUAAACUUGGAAGCCCCAUGAUAUUUCACCAUAAUAAAACUGCUAAAUUAAAAGAACUUUUACUUUGUAGAUAUAAUAUAAAUAAAUAAAAUCAUUAAAAAAAAUUUGUAAAAACUGUC